AUGGCCGCGCAAUCCAACCUUCGACGGACGGCUGCUGAGGACGCCUUGGCCGCUUUCAUCGACAAAUGGACAUCGGCUGCGCGAUCGAGGUUUCGCGCAACUUCACGAGUCACUCGAAUCCUCGCUACUCUUGCCCUCACUCUCACCGUAGUUCUCGGAGGUGAGGGCUACCGGCGGCGAUGGAAGCGACAACACCAAGAGCGAGAGCAGGGCCGCAAGUUGGUCCGGACCAAUUCGUGGCUUCACAACGAUGACGGCUCCCGUACAAUCUACGUACCCUACAAAAAUGGAACUUCCAAGGUCAUCAUCAACACCACGAAACCCCUGACAUUUGAAGCCCACCGUCGCCUGUUUUUAAAUCCACCGCGAGUAUCUGGCCUAGGUGAUGGUACGGUUCCUUCGGCACAGACGAAACCCGGCCUGAACCUGGCCUUUUUGCAUCAAUUUUUGAGCCUCCUGAGCAUCGUGAUCCCACGGUGGUCAAGCAAAGAGGCUGGUCUGUUGCUCAGCCAUGGUAUAUUCUUGAUGCUUCGAACAUAUCUGUCGCUAGUUGUCGCACGGUUGGAUGGUGAGCUGGUCCGCGACUUGGUUGCUGGAAAUGGAAAGGCCUUCCUCUGGGGCAUUGUGAAAUGGUGCGGCUUGGGCGGCUUUGCGUCAUAUACCAACGCUAUGAUCAAAUUUUUGGAAUCGAAGGUGUCUAUUGCAUUUCGCACCCGCCUCACCCGAUACAUUCACGACUUAUACUUGAACGAGAACUUAAACUAUUACAAGCUUCACAACUUGGAUGGCGGUGUCGGCCACGGGGCGGAUCAGUUUAUCACGCAAGAUCUAACGCUGUUCUGUGCAGCGGCCGCUAACUUAUACUCUUCUCUCGGAAAACCUUUCGUGGACUUAUGCGUCUUUAGCUUCCAGCUUUAUCGUUCUCUCGGCCCGCUAGCCCUCUCAGGCCUGAUGAGCAAUUAUUUCCUGACGGCCAGCAUUCUCCGCAGACUCUCCCCUCCAUUUGGAAAACUUAAGGCCGUUGAAGGGCGCAAGGAAGGCGACUUCCGAAGUCUUCACGCAAGGUUGAUCGCUAACGCCGAGGAGGUUGCCUUUUAUGGCGGUGCUGACAUCGAGAAGACAUUUUUGAACAAGGAAUACAAAUCGUUAAAGAGCUGGAUGGAGGGUAUCUACAUGCUCAAGAUUCGCUACAACAUCUUGGAAGACUUUAUUCUAAAAUACAGCUGGAGUGCCUACGGCUAUCUGCUCGCCUCAUUACCCGUGUUCCUCCCAGCGUGGGGUGGGAUUGGUGGUGCCGCUGAAAUGGUUGACAACUUUGAGAAGGGUGGCCGGGAGCGUAAUCGAAUGAAGGACUUCAUCACCAACAAGAGACUUAUGCUGUCCCUGGCGGAUGCUGGCGGCAGGAUGAUGUACUCUAUCAAGGAUUUGUCAGAGCUCGCCGGAUACACUAGCCGAGUGUACACGCUGAUUUCUACUCUUCAUCGAGUGCAUGCAAAUGCGUAUUACCUUCGCAGCGGACAAAACGAGCUCUACUCGCUGUCAGAUGUGCAAGGAACGAUCCAAAAGGGUUUCGAUGGCGUCCGAUUUGAGCAUGUGCCAAUUGUCGCCCCUGGCUUGUGGCCGCAGGGAGGAGACGAGCUGCUGGACUCAUUGUCGAUGAUUGUUCGUGCCGGCGAGCAUCUUCUGAUAUCUGGUCCGAAUGGCGUGGGGAAGACUGCUAUCAGCCGUAUUUUGGCAGGACUGUGGCCAGUAUACCGGGGUUUGGUCAGUCGUCCGAAGAAUAUUGGACAAGACGGAAUCAUGUUCUUGCCUCAGCGGCCGUAUCUCAGUCCUGGGACGUUACGUGACCAAGUCAUUUAUCCCGAUGGCCACGUCGACAUGAGAGAAAAGCGCAAGUCGGAAGUGGAACUGCAACGGAUCCUGGAAGAAGCGAAGCUGGGCUAUCUUCCUGACCGCGAGGGUGGCUGGGACACACGAAAGGAGUGGAAGGAUGUGCUCAGUGGAGGCGAAAAGCAGAGGAUGCAAUUUGCCAGACUGCUGUAUCACGAGCCUCAAUAUGCCAUUAUUGAUGAGGGUACCAGUGCAGUAUCUAGUGAUGUGGAAGGUCUCUUGUAUGAGACGUGCAAAGAAAAGGGCAUCAGCAUGGGCGACAAUGGCGAUGAAUGGGAGUUUGAGCGAAUCGGCACGGAGCGUGAGAAGAUGCAAGUUGAGAAGGAAGUACAGGAACUUCGCGAGCGUUUGGCUGAGGUUGAUGAAUUGAAGAAGCGACGCGAUGAGAUCGAGCUGGAGCUUGCCUCGGUGUGGACGGACAAGGGAGACUCUCUGGCCGCUCCUGAAUAUACACAAAAAGGGGAAGAAGCGGAGCCGCGGAAGAUUCAGCUGGAGCAAGAGCAGGAGACUGCCACGGAAGACGGUGAAGACGAGGAAUUCGAAGAGACAGAGGAGCGACUCGAUGCUGUGGCUACAUAG